GUAUUGAAAUAGUUUUCCUUUUUUUCGAACUGAGCUCUCCCUUUUUCUCUCCGACCAUCGUUCGUUUCAGGCUCUCCUCUCGCUGUCGACGAAUCGUUUAGAUGUUCUACCUUAGCUUAAUUGAGCACACACUGCGUUUGCCGCCUCAUCUUCUGGACCUUCCUCUCAAUGAAGCCAUCAAAGGAGAGCUUGAAAGUCUCUUCUUAGAUAAGGUUAUUGCGAAUUUGGGGCUGUGUAUAUCAGUUUAUGAUAUCAGAUCCAUUGAUGGUGGUUUCGUCUUUCCUGGGGAUGGUGCUUCAACCUAUACGGUGGAGUUCAGACUGGUUAUGUUCCGUCCAUUUGUCGGGGAGAUUAUCACUGCAAAACUUAAAGAAUCCGAUGCCAAUGGCUUACGAUUAUCUCUUGGAUUCUUUGAUGACAUCUACAUUCCCGUCCAUCUUAUGCCAAAUCCAUGCCAUUGUGAGCCCAACCCAGAAAAGAAGGGUCAAGUCAUAUGGAUAUGGGAUUAUCAAGAACAAAAAUUUCCUAUAGAUGGGAUAGAUGAGAUAAGGUUUCAAGUUCAGAGUGUAAGUUAUCCUCCAAUUCCAGUUGAGCAACCAAAAGAAUCAAAGCCAUUUGCCCCUAUGGUGAUUAUGGUAAGUUCAUCCUUUGAACUUCUCAUUUUCAAGGUAUUUCAUCUCUAGAAGUAGGGUCACCUCAAGCUUUCUUUCCUUUGGAAGCUGUGGUAUAAUUUUAAGGGCCAACGCAGAGUGAUAUUGCUACUCCUAUAGAAUUUGUUUUCACUUGUAAGAGUUUCUUGGUGCCAUCUGAUGGAGUGUGCCCAAAACUAGUUAUGUUAUAUUGUUUUAUGGUUCUUCUUUUAGUUCGCUACCACUCGGCAGAAUUCACAUGAGAACAAUGAAAUAAUAUUGCCAUCAUAAGGUCUAGCAAAAUAAAGUAAAUUGAAGAUCUCCUUGAA